AGGAAAGACGCCUGCAUGAAGACUGAGCUGCUGAAAGAUAUCACCAACAACAAAGAGGAAGGAUUUAAUGCCAUGGCUGCAGAUGAAAGUGCUACAGAAAAGCAAGCGGGGGAACCAAAAAUGGCAGUAGACGGUGAAACCAACGGUUCCUGUGAGCACAGCGAAGCUGGUAGCCACCCAAACCCAGCUAAAAACACUCAGGACAAUACGAAAGUGAGCCAGCAGGACUCUAGUACUAAAUUAAAUAGGAUAGCAGAAAAUGGCAUUUCUGAACGAGAUGGCGAGACUGGGAAGCAAAACCAUAUGAAAGCUAAUGACUUCACACAGACUUCUGUAACGGGGAGCAAUGGAUAUAUUCUAACCAAGCAGAUGGCACAGGAGCAACCUCUAAGGACUACCAGCACCUUUGCUUCUCUCACCGGCCAUGCUGCAAAAACCCUUCCAGGAGGAGCAAGCAAAGGGAGAACUGUGGGCUCCUUUUCUCAGAUGCAAGCCACGAUGCCAACCAAGCUCGGGGAGGGCAGUAAGGACAUGGAUGCUAAAAAAGCCACCGCUGCUAAUGCUGAAGUCAAGGUCCACAGAGCACGGAAGACAAUGCCUAAACCCACCCCUAGCCUGGAGUUGCUUCCUGAAUUGGGAUCGAAGCUGAACCUGAAACAGCAUGCAAGUAAAGACCCCAAAGAUGGGAGAGACAGCAGAGAUCAAAAAGAAUCCAAGGAAGAAGGCAACAAAAACGUCCUGGAGUUUGGGAAGCCGUUGCCGUUGCCCUCUCUCCCGGGCCUUCACCAGUCACUACCUCAGAACCAGAGCUAUGUGGCCACCACAAAGUCGCAGACAGCUGCUGCAGUAUCUCGGAAGAAAAAACGGAGAAUGGGAACCUAUAGCCUGGUUCCCAAGAAAAAGACCAAAGUGUUAAAACAGAGAACAAUGAUUGAGAUGUUUAAGAGCAUAACUCAUUCCUCUGCAGGUGCCAAGAGUGAAAAGGACCUGGGUGAUGCCAGCCCUCACGUGAACGGGGAAAGCAUAGAUGUAGACUCUGAAGAGGAAGACUCUGAUGAGCUGGAAGAGGAGGAUGAUCAUGGAGCAGAGCAGGCAGCUGUGUUUCCUGCAGAUGAUAACAGGACCUCUAAAGACAGCGCAUCCGAUGCAGACAAUGCCAGAAAGAUUGAUGAUGGCGAGUCUGAGGAGGAACAAGAGUCUGGAGAGUCUGGGGAGGAGGAGGAAGAUGGAGAUGAGUCUGACUUGAGCUCAGAGUCCAGUGUCAAGAAGAAGCUGCUGAAGAGGAAAGGAAAGACGGACAGUCCAUGGCUGAAACCCACCCGCAAGAGGAGACGGAGGAAUAAAAAGAAACAAGCCAGUGUGCUAGGUGCCGAAGCCUAUAAACCAUCUUUGGGAGGCAGAGAGGGCCCCGGCCAGGAGAACAGCAUGGAGUACAUGGAGGUGUCCCUGGAUUCCCUGGAUCUCCGGGUGAAGGGAAUCCUCUCCUCGCCGGCGGGAGGUCUUUCCAAUGGUCCUGAAGCAAUGGAAGUAGAUGGUCUCCAGGAAGUCCCCCUCUGUAGCUGUCGAAUGGAAACCCCCAAAAGCAGAGAGAUCACCACGCUAGCCAACAACCAGUGCAUGGCCACGGAGAGCGUGGAUAACGAGCUGGGCCGAUGCACAAACAGUGUGGUUAAGUAUGAACUGAUGCGCCCGUCUAACAAAGUCCAGCUUUUGGUGCUGUGUGAGGACCAUAGAGGGAGGAUGGUGAAACACCAGUGUUGCCCUGGCUGUGGAUACUUUUGCACUGCAGGCACUUUCAUGGAGUGUCAGCCGGAGAGCAGCAUCUCCCACCGUUUCCACAAGAACUGUGCCUCCCAGGUCAACGACAUGAGCUACUGCCCACACUGCGGGGAAGAGGCCUCCAAGGCAAAGGAGGUGACAAUAGCAAAAGCAGACACAACCUCGACGGUGUCACUGACCUACGAGCAGCAGAAACCAGUGGCUGUGGAGGGAAGGGCUGACACCACGACAGGGAGUGGCACUGGGACGCGGUUGUCAGAGGAAGACAAGCCAGAAAGCUCAGCUGCUGAGGGGUUUGACAUGGCUGGGUCUUCGGUUUUUCCAAAGCCUACUACUAGCCUGACCCAGGGACCAGUUAAAGAAACUCUGGAAAGUGCCCUGAUUGCCCUGGACUCCGAAAAACCCAAGAAGUUACGGUUCCAUCCAAAGCAGUUGUACUUCUCUGCGAGGCAAGGAGAGCUGCAAAAAGUCCUGCUUAUGUUGGUGGAUGGAAUUGACCCUAAUUUUAAAAUGGAGCAUCAGAGUAAGAGAACUCCUCUCCAUGCUGCCGCCGAGUCUGGCCAUGUGGACAUCUGCCAUAUGCUGAUUCAGGCUGGUGCUAAUAUAGACACCUGCUCUGAAGACCAGAGGACUCCACUGAUGGAAGCAGCAGAAAACAACCAUCUGGAAACUGUGAAAUACCUUAUCAAGGCUGGAGCACUAGUAGAUCCUAAGGAUGCGGAGGGCUCCACGUGUCUGCACUUGGCUGCCAAGAAGGGGCACUACGACGUUGUUCAGUACCUCCUCUCCAACGGGAAGAUGGAUGUCAACUGCCAGGACGAUGGAGGCUGGACGCCAAUGAUCUGGGCCACCGAGUACAAGCAUAUUGAGCUGGUGAAGCUGCUGCUUGCAAAGGGGUCGGACAUCAACAUCCGCGACAAUGAGGAAAAUAUUUGUUUGCACUGGGCUGCUUUUUCUGGCUGUGUUGACAUAGCGGAGAUACUGCUGGCUGCUAAGUGUGAUUUACAUGCAGUGAAUAUUCACGGGGACUCACCCCUGCAUAUUGCAGCCAGAGAGAACCGCUACGAGUGUGUUGUUCUCUUUCUUUCCCGUGGCUCGGAUGUCACUUUAAAGAACAAGGAGGGUGAGACUCCGCUCCAGUGCUCCAGCCUUAACUCUCAGGUCUGGGUGGCCCUACAGAUGAACAAGACUCUCAAAGAAUCAUCUGCUGACAAGCCUGCCCAGAUAGAGAAGGUCGUGAGCCGAGACAUCGCCCGGGGUUAUGAGCGGAUCCCGAUUCCCUGCGUCAAUUCAGUGGACAGCGAGCCUUGUCCUAGCAACUACAAAUAUGUUUCGCAGAACUGCGUCACCUCCCCGAUGGACAUUGAUAGAAACAUCACUCAUUUACAGUAUUGCGUAUGUAUAGACGACUGCUCCUCCAGUAACUGCAUGUGUGGCCAGCUCAGUAUGCGCUGCUGGUAUGAUAAGGACGGCCGACUCCUGCCUGAAUUCAACAUGGCUGAGCCACCACUGAUCUUUGAGUGUAAUCACGCGUGCUCGUGCUGGCGAACCUGUAGGAACCGGGUGGUGCAGAAUGGGCUCAGGACUCGAUUGCAGCUUUAUCGGACACAAAAGAUGGGCUGGGGUGUACGAACAAUGCAAGACAUUCCACUGGGAACCUUUGUGUGCGAGUACGUUGGUGAGCUGAUAUCCGAUUCUGAGGCAGACGUCCGUGAAGAGGACUCCUACCUCUUCGACCUUGACAACAAGGAUGGAGAGGUGUACUGCAUAGAUGCCCGUUUCUAUGGCAACAUCAGCCGCUUUAUAAACCACCUCUGUGAGCCAAACCUCAUCCCGGUGCGAGUCUUCAUGUCGCAUCAGGACCUCCGCUUUCCCAGGAUCGCCUUCUUCAGCACGAGGCAUAUAGAAGCCGGAGAAGAAAUCGGCUUUGACUACGGAGACAGGUUCUGGGACAUCAAAGGCAAAUACUUCAGCUGUCAGUGCGGUUCACCCAAGUGCAAACACUCGAGCUCAGCGCUGGCCCAGCGGCAGGCGAGCACCUCGUCCCAGGACACGCAGGAAAACGGGCUCCCCGACACCAGCUCUGCCACGGCAGCCGGCCCCUUUUGAGGCUCCGCUCCCCAGAGACUGACUUGUUUUAAUCCUAUAGAUUCACAUACUGUCUGAAUUUCCAUUUAAAGAGAAAAAAAAACCCGAAAAAAAAAAAAAACAAAACCCGCUCAAGGAAAGCCAAGGGUUCGUGACACUUAGGGCUGUGCCACCGACUGUUACUUGAGGAAUAAGUAAAAGCAAAUCCCGCCUCCGUGGUGUUGUUCUCCCCUCCCUGGUCCUGGAAAGCUGCUGGUUUUCACAGUUGCGUGUGGACGGGUGGCUGUUGCGUCUUUUUUUCCAUGCGAGCUGUCCUGGCCUCGGUCUCUUAAUGUGCUAAGUGUUGUCAGAGUCAAGGGAGAGCCGCCCGUCCUCCGACUAUUGUUAAUUGAAUGGAUCGCUCAUGCCAAGUCAUCUCCAGUUCACUUGUAAUAAACUUUGAAUACUUGAUGGGACUUUCUUUCUAAA